CCUGCAUAAACAUUUUACACUCAGAGGAUAUACCUCGAACAAUCUCAGGUUGCCAAUUAUUUAUUUCAUUGAAGGGUGGAGACUUUAUAAGCCGUAAUGGGUUUAACUGGAGAGCCUACCGGAGAGAUAAGAUACCGCAAGGCCCUAGGAUUACGAUUCGUUGAAUAUGUCAAAGGAUCGGCCAUCUCGUACAAAACUCAUCAAGCCAUUGCCCUUACUAUAACAUUCUUUGCAUACUUGGCCUACCACGCUACAAGGAAAACUACCAGUGUGGUGAAAAGUGCUCUUGAUCCCCAAUCUCCUGAUGUAGACUUGCAAUCUAUCUUCUUUUGGAGACGGGUGCCGCUACAAGGAACUAGAAAUUCGGCUCUCGGAGCUGGUUGGGCGCCCUUCAGUGGUUCUGAUGGAACUGCAUUGCUUGGGGAGCUUGAUGUGGCUUUUCUCUUUGUAUAUGCUAUAGGGAUGUUCUUUUCUGGACAUGUGGGAGAUAGGAUGGAUCUUAGGAUAUUUCUAACCAUUGGUAUGGUUGGAACCGGAUUGUUUACUGCCCUUUAUGGAGUUGGUUACUGGGCAAAUAUACACACUUUCUAUUACUAUUUGAUUGUCCAGAUGCUUGCUGGACUAUUCCAAUCAACUGGAUGGCCUUCAGUGGUUGCAGUUGUUGGAAAUUGGUUUGGGAAAAAGAAGAGGGGACUUAUAAUGGGUAUCUGGAAUUCUCAUACUUCUCUUGGUAACAUUACAGGCUCUGUAGUUGCUUCAAUGUUGUUGAAGUAUGGGUGGGGGUGGUCCAUGGUUGUUCCUGGGUUUGGUAUUGUGUUUAUGGGGUUGGUGCUGUUCUUUUUCUUACCGGUUAGCCCCGAUUCUGUUGGAGCUAAUAUUGAUGAUGAUGAUGAACAAGUGUCAUCUCCUAGGAAAGAAGGGGAUGAAUUAGCAGUACCAUUGUUGAGCAUGAACUCAGAUCAUAGAAGUGCUGUGGGAUUCCUGGAAGCAUGGAGAAUUCCUGGGGUUGCUUCUUUUUCCCUUUGCCUUUUCUUUUCGAAAUUGGUGGCCUACACAUUCCUCUACUGGCUCCCGUUUUACAUUAGCCAUACAGCCAUUGAAGGGAGGUACUUAUCAAAUGAGGAGUCCGGUAACUUGUCUACACUGUUCGACGUUGGAGGUGUGGUUGGAGGGAUCCUGGCUGGCCACAUUUCUGACCGUUUAGAUGCUAGAGCCAUAACAGCAGCAAGUUUCAUGUACUGUGCCAUACCGGCUCUCUUCUUUUACAGAAGCUACGGGCACGUGUCCAUGACUCUAAACAUCAUACUCAUGCUGAUCACCGGAAUGUUUGUGAACGGGCCAUACGCUCUCAUAACAACGGCAGUAUCUGCUGAUCUGGGAACACACAGUUCGUUGAAGGGAAACGCACGGGCUCUAGCCACGGUUACUGCUAUAAUUGAUGGAACAGGAUCAAUAGGUGCUGCUGUUGGGCCAUUGCUAACAGGAUACAUAUCAACUAGUAGCUGGAGUGCAGUUUUCACAAUGCUUAUGGGUGCAGCUCUCAUAGCUGGACUGCUUCUAACGAAGCUCGUUAUGGCUGAGGUGGCUUCGAAGAUUCAAGGUGCAAGGACGUAUGAACUUCCUAGAUCAACACCUUCGGACUUGGAGGUAUGAUUGCCCUGCAACACCGAGAAGAUUUUCUGCUUCGUUGUGCAUACAUCCGUUGUAUACAAGUCUAGCUUCUUGGGGUAGCUCCCUCAAUUGAUAGAUGGUGGUUAGAAGAAAUCGAGUUUGAAAUCUAGAUAAAAGCUUUUGCCUAUCCUCCAUUAGUUGAAAUUGCCAUGGGCAGAGGUGGUGAUUUUUGUGUACAUAUUGGUUGAAUUGGGAUGAUUCAUUGCCCUCCCAAGAAAAAAGCUAGAGGAAUUUAGUCAUCCUCAAGAGAAUGUAGAUUUUUCCUGUUAUAUGUAAUAUAUGAAAAAGGUUCUUUUAAUUUUUUUAAUCAAUGACCUUUUUCUGUUGUUC